UAUUGUAAUAUCGAAACGUGUCACUCGUCCAAUUCUACAUCUUCGCUUCGCAGGUUUCUUAAAUCGACGUCUACCUAAGCGGUAUAGAAUAGGUCGGAAGCCGAGCAAACGCACAAAUAUAAUUGUCCGAUCAACUGGAACGAGAUCCUUGAGACGCGCGUUCACAACAACUUCGAUCAGAAAAUUGAAUAUUAUUGACGCGCCGUUAUACGCGACAGUCUUAUCUCGUCUGUCUUAGCGCGAGCUUUACGAUCAUAAUCGGCAGAUAAGCAUCGAGAUGCAGUUCUGGGAAGAUUUGCACCUUAUACUCCUGGAAAAUGUGAUACAAAGUUUCGAGCAUGAAUUAUAGCUGGAGUUCCGAGGCGAGAUAUAUAAAUGGACGUUUAUUCCGACAAUUGACACAAAAAAAUUUAUUCGAUUCCUGGUUUAUAAAAUGACGUAAAAACCACUGCCACAUCUGCGCAUACCGAUAUCGAGGCAACAUGCUGUCGCCUCGAAAAAACUGCGGCUUGGUUGUUCCGCAAAGAUGGAUAUUUGCUACGCUAGCCUUUUUAGCGCUGGCGAUCGGCAACGCGAUGCGAGCCAUCCUCUCGAUAACGAUAACGGAAAUGGUCGUACCGAUCAACUCGACGCAGGUACCAACGGAUGAGACUUGCCCGUCUUCAUCGGUCCACGUGUCGAAAAACGGGACCGUGAAAAUCGGCACAGUCUACGAGUGGGACGAGUACACGCAGGGCAUAAUCUUAUCCUCGGUUUACUGGGGCUACACGGCCACGCAGUUCUUCUACGGUUCUCUAUCCGAGCGCUUCGGCGGCAAGUACCUCCUGGGUCAAAGCAUCCUCAUCCCGGCAGUUCUGACCCUCGUCACGCCUGUGGCGAUCGACUGGGGAGGCUCGACAGCUCUCAUAGUCCUGCGAGUCUUCAUAGGAGUGUCCAGUAGCGCUAUGUACCCGGUCGCAAGUACGAUGGUUUCCAAGUGGGCCAUACCCGAAGAUCGGGCCAGGAUCGGUGGAUUCGUCUUUACCGGUUUCAUCCUCGGCCCUGUUCUCGGCACCACUUUGCCAGCGCUGAUAAUCCUCCACUCCGGCAUGGGAUGGCCCGCGGUGUUCUACUUCUUCGGCAUCUUGGGUAUACUCUGGUUCCCCUUCUGGGCGUUUCUCUGCUACGACGAUCCGCUCGAGCACCCUUUCAUCUCGGCGACGGAGCUGAAGUACUUCCAGGAGAACCUCGCCGGCAACAACAAUGCUCUCGAAAAACUGCCUCCAGCUCCGUAUCGGCAUAUAGCGAGGAGCAAGGAGUUCUGGGCGUUCGUGAUCGGUAUGACCGGUUGCGACUGGGCCUACUUCACUAUGGCCAGUGACUUACCCAAGUACAUGAGCAGCGUCGUCAAGCUCUCUAUCGAGAACAACGGCUAUCUUUCCUCCCUGCCCUACCUCUGCAUGUGGCUCAACUCGAUCUUCAGCUCCUGGAUAUCCGAUCGCAUCCUCGAGAAGAAGUGGCUCACGCUGACAGGCGUGAGAAAGCUCCUGGCGAUGAUCUCGACAAUCGGACCGGCAGCCUUUAUCAUGAUCGCUUCCUACGCUGGUUGCGAUCAGGUCGUCGUGGUCACCGCCUUCAUACUGGGCAUGACUCUGCAGGGCAGCUCGUAUCCCAGUAUCGUCGUGAACAAUUUGGAUCUGAGCCCCAACUACGCGGGCACGCUCAUGGCGAUCGGUAACGGGAUCGCGGCCCUCGGGGGUAUACUCUCGCCCUAUAUCGUGGGUUUGCUCACGACCAAUCAGACGGCCGCCGAGUGGAGGCUGGCGUUCUGGAUCGGUUUUGUGGUCGCCGUGUUGACGAACGCCGUUUUCACGGUUUACGGUAGUGCCGAUGUGCAGGAGUGGGACGAUCCGGAUUUUACGAGACGACCGAAGAGGGUCGAUAAGGGUGAUUGUAAUUGUUCGAAUUGAAAUAAAUUUCUAACAUAUAUUAUAUGUAAUAGUGUAGCAUUUUCCUUUUGGGUUUAUGUCUUACCUUCGUUUGCGAGAGAUUGAAUUCUGCUUGGCUCUAUUUUCGUAGUUCACUUUUAUAUUCCCUGCUCAAUAUCGAUUAAUCACAGAGUUAUGACACCACACCUAACCUCUGGAAUCCACGCCUUAUUAAAUCACCUAAAUGAUGUCAGUAAUGUGUUAAUUAUAUAUUCGUAACGAUCCUUGAAUUUCAUUUUUAGAUCGAAAUGUACUUUUGAUUACCUAUAUAAGCUGGGCUGCAACUGCACUAGUUGGCUAAUGUCGUUUUAAUGGACGCUUAUCGUUUAUGUUUUACAUGACUAGGAAUGAAGGCGCGCUUCGCGCGCUCUUGAU